UUUAAAUAAUAAAUAAACGUACAAAAUUUUCUGAAGCAGAACUAUAAGUCAACGGAUAAGCACCUGGAAGAAAGAGAAACAACCGUCGUCAGCUGUCGUGUCCGGCGGCAUCUCCACCUGUCGCCACCGGCUGAAAAGAGCAAAAACCAUCGUCAUCAACCACCGCGUCAGCCGGGCACUCCAUCGGUAACUAACGCUUCAGCUGCCGGAAGUAGAAAAAAAAAUGUCCAUUUUGCACUCGCCAUCUCUCAUUUUCAACACUAAACCCACCAUUAAACCCUACUACCUUACUUCAUUUCUUCCUUAUUCUUCAAUCUCGAACUUUAGAUUUAGAAAAUUUACAGUUCAUUCAUCCUUUUCAUUAUUUAAUGAUCCUCAAGAUUUUUUUGUACCAAAAUCUCCGGGCAGUAAACCCAAACAAAACGACAGAAAUUCUGAUGAUAAACAAAUCUCAUUUGUUGACGAGUGGGGACAGAGGUCGGAACCGGAUACCCGACCCGUAACGAAGUUACCAGAAUCGGAUCCUCCUAUAAAUGAUGACGAAUGGGGCAGAGGAGCUGAACUAGUGGGGAGCAGCAACAAUCCAGUAAUUGAAGAUGAGUGGGGCGAGAAGUCGUAUCCGGAGCCCUGUCCCGCUCCGACAGUGUCGGAUUCGGAUCCUCCUAUAGACGAAGACGAAUGGAUCGGAGCUAAGCCAGUUCAAAAUGAGAGCGUUUCUGAUAACAAAACAGUGUCGGAUCCGGAGCCCCGACCCGUAACGCGAUUACCAGAUUCGGAUCCUCCGAAAGUUGAAGAUGAGAGGGUUGCAGAGCUGAAAAGGUGCUUAAUGGACACGGUUUAUGGGACGGAUUUUGGGCUCAGGGCCUCAUCGCAUAUUCGGGCCGAGGCUCUGGAGCUGGUUUCUCAGUUGGAGGCAGCAAAUCCAACUCCAAGCCCAGUUGAAUCACCUGAAUUGCUUGAUGGGAACUGGAUUUUAGUGUUUACGGCAUUUUCUGAGCUGUUACCUCUUCUAGCUGUGGGCAUCAUUCCUUUGUUGAAGGUAGAAAAGAUUAGCCAAGCGAUUAGUACAAGCAACCUUACCAUAGAGAACUCAACUACAUUAUCAAGCCCUUUUGCCACCUCUUCUUUCAGUGCAAAUGCUGCCUUUGAAGUUCGAAGCCCGUCAAGGAUACAGGUUGAAUUCAAAGAAGGGACAGUUAAUCCUCCAGAGGUUAAGUCAAAAAUAAAUCUGCCAGAAAACGUUGAUAUCUUUGGCCAAAAAAUAAGUUUGUCGCCUCUACAACAAUCAUUUGGUCCUAUGGAAAAUGCUGUGGCAGGUAUAGCCCGAGCUAUUUCUGGUCUGCCUCCUCUAAAAGUUCCGAUUCCAGGUGAGAGGACAAAGUCUUGGCUCAUUACAACAUACCUAGACAAGGAUCUUCGGAUCUCAAGAGGAGAUGGUGGGCUAUUUGUUCUUGUUAAGGAAGAGAGUUCUCUUAUAGACCAGUAGCAAGGUUUGAUCUCUCUAUAAUGUAUAGUGAUAUAGUCUCUUAUAGACCAGUAGCAAGGUUUGAUCUCUCUAUAAUGUAUAGUGAUAUAGUCUAUCGGAAACAGCCUCUACCUUGACAAGGUAAGGGGUAAGGUAUGGUACACAUCUCUCUAUACUGUAAUGAUAUAUGGAGGUAGAGUAUACAACAUAUUAUUUGUAAAGGGAGAUACAUCCCACAUUUUUAUGUAUAAGAUGCCAUUUGUGUAGGCAUUACUCACAGAGGAAGGAACCAAAAAUUGGAAAUGAACAACAUUUGAAUCUAAUAUGAUGUUAUUUUGAA